UGUCAUUGUUUAUAAACAACCACCUGUCAGGCAGCUUGAAAACGAUUUAAACAAUUCUUUUAUCGGAACACUUUAAAAAAUUGGACUUUGCUUUCAAUCUUUGAACGAUAAUCGUAUGUCAAUUCUCUUUUCAAACGCUUCGAGUUCCAUUGCUUGGCAGCAGGUUAUUUUUCACCUUUCAAGUGUCCUUGUGCUAGGUUUCCCUCGGGCUUGCCGUUUGCAGUCAGUUAUUUUCAGUUGCAAGUAUGGCAGUGGCGGCUGUGUCUCCUGAUCUAGUGGACCAGCUGCGAAGCGCUUUUCUGGCAGAAGUGGCUGAUAAGGGCCAGGAUGCCGUCAAUCCUAAAGACUACGAAAGGGUGAAAGCAGACAAUCACUGGCUGCAAAGGUUCCUCGCACACAACGAUUGCAACGUUUCUCAAACCCUCAAAAUGAUGUGGACCUCACUGACUUGGAGGAAGGAGUUUAAAGUGAAUGAAAUCAACGAAGACAACAUCAGAAUGGACUUGAUUAUAAAAGGGGCCUUCUUCCCACAUGGCAAGGACAUAGAUGGCAAGCAAAUGCUCGUGUUUAAGUGCAAGAUGCACACAAAAGGCUCAGUGGACAUGGACGAAGUGAAACGAUGCGUCGUCUACUGGUUUGAGCGAGUCGAAAGGAUGACCAAGGGCGACAUUAUCAGCAUCUUCUUCGACAUGGAGGGCUGCGGCUUAGGGAACAUGGACAUGGAGCUGAUCAAGUACCUGAUUGGACUCUUCAAGGAAUACUACCCGUUCUUCCUGAACUACAUCAUCAUCUACGAAAUGGCGUGGAUACUGAGCGCUGCGUUCAAAAUUGUCAAGACCUGGCUGCCCGAAAAGGCCAUAGAAAAGCUGAAAACCGUGUCCAAAAAGGAUGUUCAGAACUUCGUGCCCAAGAGCGAAGCGCUGCAAAGCUGGGGCGGCGACAGCAACUACGUGUUCACUUUCGUACCGGAAAAAGGCCCUCCUGAGCCGGCCGAGCCAAAGAAUUCUGGACGAAAGGUUCAUUUCGUGGUUGGAAAUUCGAUGCCGGAUCAAGCCCCACAUUCCGACCAUGAAGAGGAUGGUCCUCUUAAGGUCAACCCGGACGGCAUUAUCACAUUUGCUAGAGAAGGUCGCGACCUGGUCAGUUCACUGGAGUUGCACAAUACGGAUGCUUCCACUCAAAUCACUUUCAAGUUGAAAACAACAUCGCCCGAAAAAUUCCGCGUGAAACCCAGUACAGGAUGUCUGAAGCCUGGGGGCAAAGAGACCGUAACAGUGACCGUAAUGCCUGGCUAUCAAUUGGGGGCCAUGUCCAAAGACAAGUUCCUUCUAAUGAGCACCGCGCUGGAGGAGAAGCAGGCCGAAGGCCUGGACCUCACCGAGUUUUGGAAGGAUUUUUCGCAUGAUUCGAGCGGCCGCAAAGUGUACCGCAACCGACUGCGGUGCGUGCAAAGCGGCGAAGUAACCCGCAACGGCAACGUAUGGUUAAAAACCGAAGCUAGUGAGCCGAAGCUGGACAAACUGACCGCCGCCCUGUCGCAAAUCGGCGACAUUCAAGCGAAAUUGAAUCGGUUCCAGUACAUCCUGGUCGGCCAGAGCGUGCUGAUUUUGGUCUUAGCUCUAGUGUUGCUAUACGCCCUGCGGGCAGUUCCCAGCGAAAUCGACUACUGCAUGAACCCCAGCCGACCCGAUCAGUAACUAACCGCAGCAGAGCCACGAAUUGAGUUCAGUUUCACUCAGCGAUUGUUUGUGUCGCUCGUCGGCAAGUGUUUGUAUGUGGGGUGCUUAAUAUUUCUCUAAACUAGGCUUAGAACGUGAUCGCAUUCCGGCUCUGCAAGUUAAAUUCGCGAAAAUACCACAAGCUUUUCAAUAUGCUCACCCUCUAGUCUGCAGCUGCUCUAUGGGCCCCAUAAGUAAAUACCAGCGGAGCACCAACUUUUUUCAAAUCUUCACUUUGGCAGUUGUCACAUAAAGUGCUGCUAAUCCAUCACUGCCAUCCACCAUUUAUCACUAGAAAGGCACCAACUAUGACGUCAUCCGGCGACUGUUAAAGCUGUGGUAUUUUUCAUUUCAUAGGGUGUGUACAUUUGUAAAUUAUUCAGGCGGUGGGAAUUUCAAACUUCGUGGUGGAGUUUGUACAAAUCAAUGUUAACACGAAAAUCCUCCUCUUGCUCUUACUAAUUUUCAGUCGUUGCAUUGUACUAUUUAGAUGUAUAGAACUGUAAUAUACUAGGCGUUAAAUAGAAAUAUUUUCAUUGUAAAAAUAUUGAACUUUUGUACAAUAUACAGUUUAUUAAUUA